AAAUCCGAAAGGUUAAUUGGGGCCACAGUCAAUUGCAGGAAGCGAGUAAUUAAUGUCUAAAAUGGCCAGCGAUCAGGUGAGUCUGUAAAUCACGCCCUCGGCCGCGCGGAGGAUGGUUACCAUCUACAGGCUCGUUGGUGGAGCUCGCUAGCACCAGAGGUUUUAUAACCAACAUGAAGGUGACCCGCGCCAAACGCGGCUUCCUGCGUGUCUGCGCCUUGUCCUGUUUGAUCUUCAUGCUGUAUUCCCCCGGCACCGGAGUCGUAGCUGGACGGGAAAUGGCCUCGCACCACCUCACGUUGAAGCGCAGCCGUCGGAGCCAGCAGAGCUCCAACAAGCACAAGGGCGCGCACCACCGUCCGCUGACGGACGAGCAGAAAGCGGAUCAGAACCUGCAGUUCAUGCUGAGUUUGUACCGUAGCGCAGCCGAACCGGACGGCAGACCCAAGCAGCACAGGAAGUUCGGCUCCAACACGGUGCGCCUGCUGAGACCUUCGGCGUCCUCGGUGCACUACCUGCCCUCGUCAGGAGACCACUGCUACACUUUCACAGUACAGUACAACCUGGACACCCUUCCGUCGGAGCAGCUUGUCAGAGCCUCCUUCAUCCACCUUCGUUCUUCUCCCUCCAUUUCCUCAGCGACUUCGAGCACCGCCCAGACCAUGGAGUCGCCCCGCUGCAGGGCUCAGAUCACCUCGCUGGGCGCCGAGAGCCUGGUCACCCUGGAACCCCAUGAGCGGUGGACGGAGACGGACAUCACAGCACAUGUCAGUGGUCAUGUCCAGAAGGGGAAGAAUGACGGCACACAGGGGCACUUGACCCUCACUGCCCAGUACUGGUGCACAGAACCUGAGCUUGCCGAAGAAGACGAUGGCCUCUUCUGGUGGUGGACUCGUCUUCGGGGGAGAAAACGAUGGGACGGUGAACCCCACCUAGAAGUCCCGUCUCUUCUUUUGUACUUGGAGGAAGAGAGAGAAGUGAAGGACUGGAUGGUGGACUUGCUUGGGGCCAAAGGUGACAGCAUCAUGAGGAAGCUUGGGCGAUGGCACCCUUGGGUUCGUCGCCGCCGUCGCUCCAAAGACUCCUCAUCCUCGGAACCAAAGGAUCCUUCACUGGAUGCUGCGAAAAAUGCCUCUGCCUCAAUCAUCUCCAACAUCCCCAGCCACAAACGCAAAACCAGCGCCCCAAAGAACCGGUGCAAGCUCCACUCCUUCCGCUUGUCGUUUGACGAGCUCGGCUUGGGUCACUACUUCCUCGCUCCGCCGGUGUACAACCCUCGGUUCUGCCAGGGCGACUGCCCCAGAGUGCUCCACUACGGCUACCAUUCCCCCAACCAUGCCAUCAUCCAGACUAUCAUCAAUGACCUGGGCGUCGGGGACGUCCCUCCACCGUCCUGCGUGCCUUACAAGUACAUGCCCAUGAGCGUGUUGGUCAUGCACAAGAAGAAGGUGGACUACAAGGAGCUGGAGGACAUGGUGGCCGAGUCCUGCACCUGUCGUUAAGGACUCUGGGACUAUGUGGCUAACCGUAAACGAGCUAGAGACUUGAAGGAGGAAGUUGUUGUGGUUUCAGAUCUUGUUGAAGCACUUUAAGAGGCUGCUGCUGAAUCUGAACUGUGCAGGAGGAAGGGAAGCCUCAACUUUCUGAUUUAUUGACUGUGGAACAAUUGUUGUAUUGUGGCAAGAAGCACUGAGGAGGUGAACAUACUGGUUGUUAAUUGUAUCAUUUUCCCACUCAAAUUUUGGGAGGCUGGUACAUUCUGAAGCAUUUUAAACCACUUGACAGAGAUACUUAACUGAUGUAAGUGGGAACCAAAGGUGACUUUGCAAAACUAAUGUGACUUAAACUUAAAAAUAAAUUUACUGACUAAUCUUUAAAAAGGAAAAAAAAAAGGUCUCAAGCUAUUUCUGGGUGAUGUGCCAUGCAAGGCUGCAAUUGUCUGUAGAAAGCUAGAUGAUUUUUAAAGGACGGGGGGGUCGACCAUGUUGGAUGUGCAGGCCUUGUGACGUUACAUUUCUGCUGUUUCGUACUUUUGUACAUAUUUAUAAAGGGAGGGGUUCUUCUUAUAGAAUAACUAAAAAAAAAUAACUAAAAAGGGUUACAAGAAGACGCUUGAUGGUUGUUAAACGCUGCAGGAAAAAAGUUGCUGUGGUGGAAGUGGAUGCAAUUUUUUUGUGCAAAAGAAUAAUUAAAUAAACUACAUUUUCUAAAGCCUAA